AUGACAAACGAUGGCUUCCGGGACUUCAUGUAUUAUUCGCCCUUGACGCACGUGAUCGCCCAGCUGGCAAAGACGGGGGAGGUGCGCCCCACCACGGACGUGCUGAUCGUAAACCCCAACGAUGGCAUCGGCUGGCACCAGGACAAUCAGAAUGGUCCCAUCGAGUCGGAUUAUGCUAUUCGCUGGUGGGUCGCCAUGGACAAGUGCGGGGAGAACAAAGUCGGUGUGCCAGAAUACCUGAUCGGCUCACAUCGCAACACCUCCGUAUCUGAUGCCGUCGCUGUAGAUGUCACCUCAGGCGACCUUGCACAGUUUAGCAAAUGCACGGACUACGUGGUGGAGCCCGGCGACCUCAUCGUCUGGAACACACGGUCCAUCCACAGAAUCC